AUGGAACGCUACUUUAAGAGAAGGUUUGCAUCAUCUACUUCUAGUUCGAAUAAUGUGGGUAGUUCGAGUUCAAGAGAUGUGGAUACUUCUCUUGAUUGUGUGAGAUUUUUGUUGAGGCAUGGUCUUCCAUUUCGUGGGCAUGAUGAGAGUGACACUUCAACCAACAAGGGGAAUUAUUUGGAGCUCUUACAAUUUCUUGCUGAUCAUGAUGAGAAAGUGAAAGUCGUUAAAAUCAUUAAGGAUAUGGAUGGUGCAUUCUUAUCUUUAUUAGUUGAUGAAUCACAUGAUGUGUCAGUAAAAGAACACAUGGCGGUGGUGUUUCGUUAUGUGGACAAAAAUGGGGAUGUAAUUGAGAGGUUUGUGGGCAUUCAACAUGUUAGCAACACUACAUCAAACUCACUCAAGGAGGCUAUUGACACGUUGUUUUCAAGAGAGGAAUUGACUCUUGUGGCCGUGACAAAGGGAAAUGCUGAUAUUGACACUUUCUUCACAUCUUGUAAUAGCUUGGUUAAUAUUGUUGGAGCAUCGUGUAAGCGUCGUGACAUGCUUAAAGAUCAACUCCAAAAGGAUAUUACGGAAGCUCUUGAAAAAGAUACUUUUCCAACAGGGCGAGGCUUAAAUCAAGAAACUUUUCUCAAGCGUCCCGGUGAUACACGUUGGAACUCACAUUAUGGUACAUUACUUAGUAUCAUCUUCAUGUUUAAAUAUGUGGUGAAACAACUUGCAGAAUCAAAUCAUCGCUUCAGUGAGGUAAAUACUGAGUUACUUCUUUGUUUGACAUGUUUGAGUCCGGAUGAUUCUUUUAGAGCUUUUGACAAACAAAAGCUGCUUCGUUUUGCUGAAUUUUAUCCUCAAGAUUUUAAUCCCCGAAAUCUCUUGGCACUUGAAGAUCAACUUGAGAUAUAUAUUAAUCAUAUGCGUAUGAUGACUGAUUUUUCUCAAUUGAAAGGGAUUGGUAGCCUUGCAAGAAAAAUAGUGGAGAAAGGGUUGCAUAGAACAUAUAAUUAUGUUUAUUUGCUUAUCAAAUUAGCCUUAACUUUACCAGUUGCAACUGCUUCUGUAGAGAGAGCAUUUUCUACUAUGAAUAUUGUGAAAGGUCCACUUCGCAACAGAGUGUACGUGGUUCUGGCCAGAGGCGGAUCUAUUAAGGCGCAAGGAGGUGCAGCCUUCGCCCGAAAAACCAUUAUUGUUAUUGACAGUGUAGUGUUUGAUGAAGUGCCUCUUAGAUGA